AUGGAUGGCGAAUGGGAGGAAGUCGGGCGCCUGCUCCUUCCGCCUCCUGGGCCUCAAGCGCCCUCGACACCCGUGUCAACAUUCGCAUUCGACAACUCGCAGGAAUUGCUCUGGGCUGGGAACCAGUUUGGGGGCGUCUCGAGCUUUUACGGAGUAGAACUCGCAAGAUACACUUCCUUCAAAUGCGGAGAUGGCCCGGUCCACCAGUUUCUGUUCCAUGAAAAGGGGGUCAUCGCUCUGGGACCGAAGAGUGUGCAUAUGGCAAUGCGACGGGGUCCUCCAAUUUGGCAUGUCACGUAUGAAAGUCAAUACCAGUUUGCCGAGAACAAGGCUGAUACAUAUUUGCAUAGUCACAAUGAAAUGAAAGAUCUUCGAUGCAUGAGUUAUACGAAUAAGGGAAAUCUAGAGAUUCUGGUGGCUGGAUUGCAAGACCAUAUGUUUGUCAUAGACGUGGAAAAGGGUACCAUCGUGAAACAGCUACCUACGACUGAUAAAUACACCAUUAUGAGGCGAAGCCGCUACAUUUGUGCAGCUACCCAGAAAGGUACCAUCAAUAUCAUUGACCCAGCCGACUUCCGCAUCGUCAAAGUCUGGAACGCCCACUCCUCACUCAUCCAUGACAUGGACGCACAGAAUGACUACAUAGUCUGUUGCGGAUACCAGAUUCGACAAGGACAGCCAUAUAUCUUGGAUGUCAUGGUCAACGUUUUUGACUUGAAGCACAUGGCUGCAUCGAGUCCUGUGCCGUUUCCUGCUGGGGCAGCAUAUUUACGAAUGCACCCGCGCAUGUCAACAACAGUAAUUGUAGUCUCCCAGCAUGGCCAAAUGCACAUAGUCGACCUGAUGAACCCAAACUCGAGUUAUAUCAAGCAACUAAAUACUAUGGCUUUCAUCAGCAAGAUUGAAAUUGCACCCUCUGGAGAGGCAUUGGUGAUUGCUGAUACUGAAUGCCACAUCCACUUGUGGGGAUCGCCUUCUAGGAUGCGUUUUGGGGAUGUUAGCAAUCCGAUCGAACUUGCCGACGCAACCGAAGCCCCCCCUGAAGUAGAUUGGAGCUCAAAUACCCCCCUAAGUAGUGUCGGGAUGCCUUACUAUCGCGAGCAAUUGCUAUCGAAUUGGCCCAGCCACUUAAUCUUUGAGGUUGGAGCUCCACCUCCAAAAUCAGACCAGCUAUUUCUAUCCACCUUGAAAUGCACUGACUGGGGUAUGUAUGGACGAAACAACCGAGCUACCAAGAGAUACCAGGUUGAGAAUACCAGAGAAAUCGAGAAAACGCCUUCCAGUUUGCAAGCUCCCAAAUUCCUAAGUGAAAAGGCUCGUGAGACUUCCACUGAUGGUUCCGGGGAACGAAGACCUAGUGACUCUUCCAGCACCUCAGAUGUGAUUGGAGCCACUGAGCUGUUGAGCAUGAAGGCAGAUGUUCCCGUAUGGUACGAGAACGUGGAAAUCAGAUAUAGCAAAUUUGGAGUGGAUGACUUCGACUUCGGGCAAGUUCUGAAGUCCGAAAGACGCUUGGCCGAUUGCUCUAACCAAACUCCAGCUAGACCUCUUGGUUUACUUGAAGAGGAUGCCCCAGGAUCCUCUCUAACAACAAUGUUGCAAGGACUAAAUCGUUUCUUGCUGGACAGAAUCACUCAGGACUGGAAGGCGAUCGUCCCACAUAACCACAUAUUUGAUCAAGUACAACUAUCCAUUUAUAUGAUUUUGGUCCCUGCUAAUUGUCUUCGCCAGAUCUUGACUACCUCCGCAACAUCUGGAAUUCGUUGCAUCCAUUGCCAAGGCGAGCAUACUAGACCUGGAGCAACAUUUGUCAAUGAGCUUCUGUACCCGCUAUCCAAGCCAAUGAUGCGGAAUGCGAGACCCCAAAGACCGUCUUUCUCUCAGAUUCUCAAGUCAAGUAUUGAACGUGAUUCGACGAGCCGAGGCUGGUGCAGUCGCUGCCAGCGCUACCAGUCCCUAGCAACGAAGAAGACCGUUCAUAGUGUGCCUGCUGUCCUCAUGCUCAAUGCCGCAGUCAAUAGCCCCGAGGCCAAACAACUUUGGGCUAUACCGGGGUGGUUACCUGAAGAAAUCGGCAUUAUUAUUGACCCACAGGGACAAUUAUUCUGCUACCAAGGAGAUGAUUUAAAGCUCCACAUUCAGCGCGGGAUACAUAGUAUUGCCGUGUACUCUCUGGUUGGAGUUGCCACCGAAAUUACCAGUGGCCUCAACCAAAAACCACAUCUUGUCUCGCUGGUAAACGUGGCACAUUCCCUCCCCAAAAGACCAGAAAAGAGCCAAUGGCAUCUCUUCAACGACUUCCUCGUCCGGCCUAUUACGGCAGCGGAAGCCCUCACUUUCAAUACAACCUGGAAACUGCCUUCUGUGAUCACAUAUCAGAUGAAGGCAUACAACAACAAGAUUGAUGAUGGCUGGAAGCAAAAUCUAGAUACACAGUUACUCUACAUGGAUUCCAACCCUAAUUCAGUAAAAACAUAUCGGCCUCUUGCGUUCCCACAGGAAGCCCCGACUGAGGGGACGAUAAUCGCACUCGAUACAGAAUUUGUAUCUGUGAGGCGGCCAGAGAUAGAAGUAAACGCCAAGGGUGACCGGACAACCGUGAGACCGACAGUUCACGCACUUGCCCGAGUCUCCGUAGUCAGAUGUUCCGGAGAGGACGAGGGUCUCCCUUUCAUCGACGACUACAUCCAUAUCCGAGAUACCGUCGUCGACUACCUGACCGAGUACUCCGGCAUCAGUCAAGGCGACCUCGACGUCGGCGUCUCCAAACAUAACCUCGUGGCACUAAAAGUUGUCUACAAGAAACUCUGGAUCCUGCUGAACCUCGGCUGCAAGUUUCUAGGUCACGGCCUCAAACAGGAUUUCCGCGUUCUCAAUGUGCACAUCCCGAAGAGCAAAGUCAUCGACACAAUCGACCUCUUUUACAGCACCUCCAACCGCCGCCUGCUCUCCCUCUCCUUCCUCGCCUCGUACCUGCUCAAGGAAGACAUCCAGAUCGGCACGCACGAUAGUAUCGAAGACGCGCGGACGGCGCUGAAGCUCUUCAAGAAGUACCUGGAGUUCCAAGACGCGGGGAUCCUGGAGCUCAUGAUUGACGACAUCUACAAGGACGGCAGGCUCAUGGGGUUCAAGGCGCCCGCCGCCAAGAAGGAUGGCCAUCUCAUCGAGAGGACGGAGACGCCGGAGUUGACGCCCGAGGGAGGCGGACUUGUUGCGCCUGCGUCGGACCCUACGACGCCAGUAAAGAAGCCGGUUGGUCUCACGCCUGGGUCAAGCAGUUCGGCCUUCAGCGCCGGCUGGACGCCUGGAAAAGGGUCGUCGGGGAUGGGGGGAUCCCCGUUCAAGUAG